AUGUCUAAAAAAGGAAAAUCGAAGAAAGGAAACAGCGAAUUACCACCAGGUAUGGAACUUCCACCAAUGGAAGGAAUGGAAGGCAUGGAUGGUGAUUUUGAAAUUCAAAAUAUGGACGAUAUCGAACUUGAUGAAGAUGAUUACGCAGCACUCGGAAUAGAACCUCCAAAGAAAGGCAAAAGCAAGGCUAAAGAAGCCCCUGCAGUCAUCGACCCCGCAUCACUAAAUUUAGAUGAAGAAGGAAAUAUUGAUGAUAUCAGUUUAGAUGAAGACGAGCUGAAGGCAAUGGGUAUGGAUAUUAACGAUUUAGAUGAGGAUGAAAAGAAAAUGAUGCAGGCCAAAGAAAAGAAAAAAGCUCCAGAAAAGAAGCCAGAAGCGAAGAAACCAGCUCCAAAGGCUAAACCAAAGCCAGAACCAGAGCCAGAAGAAGAUGGCGAUGAUGAGGGAGAUGAAGAAGCCCCGGUUGAGGUAGAAAUGAAUGAUGAAGACGAAGCGCUUCUUAAAGAAGUCGUAGAAUGCGAAAUUAAUGAAUUACCAGACGAUAAUGAUAACAAAGAAACAAAAAUCAAGUUAGAUAAGAAAGAUGCGAAACAUUCAGGUUCAAAAGAAAAAUUCCACAAGAAAGACGUCGCGCAAAUCACAAACUAUGAAGAUUACUUUAAUUUCUUUGCAGCAAAUGUCUUAAAUUACAUUGAAUUCGCUGAUGAUAAAGAAAAUUGCCAAGAAUACCUUGAAAGAAUCAAACAUAUGACUCCUUUCGUCGUACAAGGAAAGAGAGCAAAGUUCCCACCUAUAAAUGCUUAUAAAACUCCAAAACCAGUACCUCCAUUUGCCAUGUGGAAUAAAAUCAGCAGUGGAAACCCAAUAAAUAUUCCACCGGAGUUCGACAUCGAAAAAUCUCCAACAGAUGUCCUCGAUAAAGACUUUAAAGAGCUUAUGAGGAUUGCAACCGAAUUAAAGACCAGAAAACAGCCAAAAUCAGCACUUACAGUAGCCAGAGCAGCUAAACAAGUCAAGGACAGCAUACACAAGCUUACAGAACCAUGUUUUCUCACUACAGAUUUGAUUACUUGGGAAUAUCCAGCAGAAAAUAUGAAUAUUUCUGCAAAAGAAAUCGCAAUUCAUGUCAUUAAUGUUACUACUACAUUGAAGAACUACAGAUUGGGCUUCAAAAUCCCAGGAUUUACCAAAGAACUUUAUGUCAACGCUUCCAACGUUGGAGAGACAUUAAACUUCGCAGGACUGAAGCCAGCAACAUCAGCCAAGAAGUUCCAGAGCGAGCAAGGCAUUCUUUCCCUUGAAUCAGACCCUUCUGGCAAAUCCAAACCAGUUGGCCAGGCCCAUUUCUCUCUUGUUGAGUUAAACAGCGAUAUCAAGACCCAACACAAGAUUGCCGUCGCUGGAUCCACCGUUGAAUUCGAAAUUUUGGUGAAUAAGCCGUUGGUCAAAGAGAAAAUCGUUAUUGAUUCCUACGAAUACCACAUGUCGCCAUUACUUGUCGGCCAAGAUUUGAAUAUCAAGGCCCAACCACCAAAACAAGAUCAGCCAGCGGCAGAACCACCGAAACAAGCCGCAAAGCCUGCCGCCAAACCAGCAUCUAAACCAGCGGCCAAACAGCCUGCAAAGCCUCAGAUUCAAAUCCCAGAAGUUCGAAUUAUGUCAGAUGAGGAAUUGAGCUUGUUCUGGCCAGGACCAGUUCUCGAGAGGUUCCAAGAGAUCGCUACUGAGAUUGUUAAGUACUGCAAGUCCCAUAAAAUGCCUGUUCAGCCAGGUCUCGAAGAUCAAGCCAGAAAAGUUGGAGAAAAGAUUCAGGAAAUGACUGCAAAGCAGGAAAGUGGCGAAUUAACCUUAGAAAUCUAUAAAGAAGAAGUUAAAAAAGCAAUUGAAAGAGAAAAGGCAAGAAUUCCAACAUUAGAGGAGAAAUUCAGAGAAGAACAUAAGGCAUUUGUGUUUAUGAUGGUAGAACAUUCCAAAGAACUCGAAGAAAUGUAA